GAGAGAGAGAGAGAGAGAAACAGGAGAAGAGAGAGAGAGAGGCGUGCGCACGCACACACAUACACACUGACAGACCGACUGCAGUAACGACGGGGAUUCAAACGGAAAUGAACUUCAGCCUUUGAUCGCUUGCUUGUCUUUGGCGGCGCUCGCGCGCGUCUCUCCGGUGAACUUCAUGCAGUUUGGUCGCUUUAACGGCUCUGAGCGGAGCUUUGUGUAUUUCAUCCCAUCUCUGUUUACUGUGUCGUUCAAAAGUUCUGGACUUUACAUCAUUAUUAGCACAUAAUCUAAAAGAAAACAACACCAUGAGAGCUCAAAUCGAGGUGAUCCCCUGUAAGAUAUGUGGGGACAAAUCAUCAGGGAUCCAUUAUGGAGUGAUCACAUGUGAAGGAUGUAAGGGUUUUUUCCGGCGGAGUCAGCAGAAUAACACCGUGUACUCGUGUUCUCGGCAGAAGAAUUGUGUUAUCGAUCGGACGAACAGAAACCGGUGUCAGCACUGCCGGCUACAGAAAUGCCUGGCGUUCGGCAUGAGCCGUGACGCUGUGAAGUUUGGCCGCAUGUCUAAAAAGCAGCGGGACAGCCUGUACGCUGAGGUGCAGAAACAUCAGCAGGGUCAGGAGUGCGUCAGCAGCGGCAUGUCGUCUGGUGGAGCGGGGGAGGAACCCGGGGAGAACAGCCCUGAUGGACACCCGCGAACCUGCAGCCGCAGCUCCAGCACGGCCCUCAGCGACCUCGACGACCUCGGAGGCUUGCUGUUUGACCUGCCCCUGACCUCGGAGGACGAGUAUAGCGGCCUCGAGCCACAGGGCAACAACAGGACCGGUGGAGAAGGGAGCAGCGGAAGGAGCAACUCGUCCUCUCACAGCUCCACAGAGUCAAAACACAAUCACCAGCUCCUUCAUUCGCACUCGCCGCUCAACGAGGGGUUCUCGCUGCUCGAGACAGAACGCAUCGCUCAGAGUGUGGUGAAGUCACAUGUAGAGACGGGUCAGUACAGUACAGAGGAACUGAAACGGCUUGCACGGAACCUGUACACAGCCGAGGAGACUCGCACCUACCAGAACAAACCGACGGAGGUGAUGUGGCAGCAGUGUGUGGUGCAUCUCACUAACGCCAUCCAGUACGUGGUGGAGUUCGCCAAGCGCAUCUCCGGCUUCAUGGAGUUGUGCCAGAACGACCAGAUCAUCCUGCUCAAAGCAGGAUGUCUGAGCGUGCUGCUGAUUCAGAUGUGUCGAGCUUACGACCCAGCGAACCACACGCUGCUCUUCGACGGGAAGUUCGCAAGCGUCCAGCUCUUUAAAGCUCUCGGCUGUGAUGACCUGGUGAACGCUGUAUUUGAACUUGCUAAAUCCAUGAGCCGCCUGCAGCUGUCAGAAGAAGAAAUGGCUCUGUUCAGCGCCGCUAUCCUGUUCUCCCCAGAUCGGCCCUGGCUUACAGACAGACAGCAGGUUCAGAGGUUGCAGGAGAAAGUAUACCAGGCGCUGCAGCGCUGUCUGAGCAGAGAGGGCGCCAAUGAGCACAAACUCAACAAGAUGCUGGCUAAGCUUCCUGUGAUAAAGUCCAUCUGCAACCUCCACAUCGACAAGCUGGAGUUUUUCCGUCUGCUCCACCCGGAAACAGCCUGCAGCUUCCCCCCACUGUAUCGGGAGGUGUUCGGGAGUGAGAGCUUCUUACCUGACUCCACCAAGGGCUAGAGUAUGCUAGAGCAUCACUCAGACUGGUGGUGGAGAGACUGCGAGAAAGACAGAGACCAAGAGGGGGUGAGAAAGAUGUAGGGAUGAAACAAAAGACUGGUAGAUGUGAAGCAUCGUGAACAGACCAGCAGCUCACUGACAAUCCUGCACACAACACUCUCAGAAUCCCACUCUCUUUUUUUCUGUGAGCUCUUUCCUUCACAGGUGAUCGACGGUGCGGCCUGAGCGAAAUAACCAAAGGGGCAUUUAAGGGAGUGCGGUGCUGAUCGUUGAUGUAGGAUUGUUUUAACUGACAAGUAAAAACACCAGAAUGAAAAUGCUCAGGUGGACGGAUACUUUGGUGCUGGAAUAUUGGGGCUAAUUUGAGUUCACCUACAUCCAUGAUAAAUUCAGUUGACGUAUGAUACUAUGCAGAACUUAUAGCUAUAUAUCUGUCAGAAUGAUUGGUUCAGUUAAGCUAGUCGAGUUUCAUCAAAACUGUCCCUUAAAAUGUUAUACUUUUUGUAUCAGAUUCAUAUGAAUAUAAGCUCGGUGCAGAAAACCAGACGUUUUUGGGCUAAAGUCGCUUUUAGUUGGUGACGGACAGAAUUGACGUCAACAGCUAAGCGACUCAACUGACACUGGCAUACUAUCCUGUUGCCAUGUUUACUUUACCAUGGUACAUGAUCAUGCUGGUAUCUGCAAGAAAACUGAUUUUUUUUUAAAAUAUAUAUAUAUAUCAGGAUCGCUAAUCACAUUAAACCAACAAAAUUUAAUCCUAGAAUUUUUUUUUAGAUCGCGUUCACCGACGGAUAGCUAGCUGAUGAACGAUUAAAUUUUAGCAUGAUGCAAAAUAAUUCUGUGUAUUUUAUGUUACAAACUUCACCACUCACUUUUAGAAGAAUGUAAAAUUCAGAUUUCCGUCUGCUAAAUGCAGCAAAAGAUCCCGGCUGGAAAGUUUUGGCACUUUUUCUUUUCUAUUCCGUUUGGACACUUUCUUUCCUUCUACAGCAGAGGAGAACAGUUGGCAUCGUAUGGAACGAAUGUAGGUCAAGAGCUUAAAUCUCUUAGUGACAGACUUACUUUGUUGGACUCAACCCAAACUUUUUUCGUCGAUUUUUCUGAAUGUAGUUGAAAAGUAGCGUAGCCUCGAUGGACGAGACGGAAUGUAUUCAUUUAGUUUCUUAUCCUCUGCAUUUUAAUGAUGCUAAUCUGCUGAUACAACACAUGCAUGUGAACGAGGCUGCGUACAUAUUGGUUGAGCUUUUUUUUCUGACCUUUAUAUCUUUAGUAUUAUUAAUUUAAAUUUAAGGAAAAAAAACACCUUUGUUCCAUUUGUUUUUUUUUUUUCUGGAAAUAUGACUCUAGAACGAAACGUGUACUUUUUUUGAUAAUUUGAUAUUUUGAUUUAGACUUUUCUGUAAUUAGAAUAGAUGUGUGUGUAUAAAGCAUUUGAAAUUAGAAUAUAUAUUUAUAUAUUAAGUAUAUAUUGUACAGAUACAUGCAGAAUGAACUAUUUAACAAAACAGUGAUGUGUGAUGCACAGUACUGUGUUUUCCAGACUAUAGUAUCGUUAUCGUCUAUAGGGUUUUUGCAUUAGCCUUUUGUUUAUGGUAUUCAUUAUGCUCAAGAAAAGCAAACGUGUAAUAUGAGUUUUUAAUAAAUCUAAAAUGAGUUUUUAUUCCCAUUUAUAAAAUACUCGCUUUUUACUUCUUUCAAUAGAACUAUAAAAAAAUGUUCAGGUAGACGGGAAUCGUCUAAAGUGUAAUAUUUUAGUCAAAGAUAUAUUCAGAGAACCAAUUAUCAACGAUUUAAAAAAUUUUAAAUUCACUUUAUUAUAAAUCAUAUUUUAGUAAAAUAUAUGCAAUUCCAGGUGUUAUUUUUUUAUUUGAAUAGAUUUGGUUGAGGCUCUAGCUAACUCAUGUUACACAGCUAACAAUGCAGCAACGCUACAUUUAGUGAGACUCAAGUUUUUACAUUCAAGUUAAAUAUCAUAGGUUCACCAAAACUAUUUACAUAACAUGAAUUACACGGGUUUUUUUUUUAUUUCAAAUUUAGAAUUAGAUGCACUUUUGCCGUAUUCAACAAAAUUUAAGAACACCAUGGCAGACACUAGGGGGCGAACUCAGACCUUUGUAUGUGAGAUGGCAGAUUUACAAAUAUUAAUCAGACACAAGGGGAAACAAUACAGUUACUACACUGAAAAUUAUGGAGCAAGGAAAAGUUACAAUUUAGAAAUGGUUUAAAUUAAAACAAUUGCAACAACAGAGUGAGGUAUAUACUGAUUUUUUUCUCUUUAAGCAGACCAAGUUUAGGAAUGUGUCUUAUAGUCUGGAAAAUACAGAGGUAUGAUUAAUAAUAAUAAUAAUAAUAAUGAUAAUAAACAUUCUGACUCAAACUGA